AUGCAAGCGCUUUCCCUUACCGACAAAAACCCAUUUUCUGCCUCUAUCUUGAUGGCUACGCAAUCUCAAAAGAUCAAGUUUCCCUCGGUGGAUGCAUACGAUGGAACGACUGACCCUGAUGACCACUUGGCCAUGUACAAGCAUCUCAUGCUAACUACCCAAGCUGAUGAUGCCACUUGGUGUAAGUACUUCCCGGUCACCUUGAAGGGCUUAGCACAAAGAUGGUUCAGUCAACUUCCAACCAGUUCUAUCCACAACUUCAACGAGCUAGUAGUACUCUUCACUCACCAUUUCAUGGCACAUCGCCAAGAAAAGAAGAGUAGCUUGCAUCUUGAAAGGAUCCAACAGUGCCCCAAUGAGAGUUUGCGAAGCUAUGUCAAGCGCUUCAACAACGAAACUCUCCAAAUCUCAGACCUGCCAGACCGAGUGAUCUUUGACAAUUUUUUCAGAGGCCUGGACGAAGAUAGCCCCUUCAAGUUCCAAAUGGCCAGGCAAAGGGUGGCAAGUCUAAAUGAGUUGAUGAACGAGGCGGAGAGAUGGAUCCAUGCCGAAGAAGUAUGCGCCGUGAAAAGGCCAAAAGACAAAGGAGUAUCUUCCUCAUCCAAGCUUCAAAGCAACCUAGGCCAUCAAAGUGGUGGGAAUGAUCGAAAGAGGUCUAGCACUUGGAACAUUGAAAUAGAAGAUUCAUCCAAAAAGGGGAAGGGUCAAAAGAAGAAGAAGUGUAGCUAUACCCCAACGGUGGAAUACACCAAGGAUCUAUUCCAAGUUUACAAGGAGGUUAGCAAAGAUGUACCGAUAGAAGACCCUCCCCCAAUCAACACUGAACUUGAAUUAAGGGAUAAGUCCAAAUAUUGCGAGUAUCACGAGGAUGUUGGACAUGUCACGGAUGAUUGCUUCACCUUGCAAUGA